CAAAAAAAAAAAAAAAAAAGAGGAAGGAGCUAUAAGCUAUAGGCAUAUGCAAUUAUUCGUUAAUUAUGUUUAAAUAUGUAGAUUACUUUUACUAUUUAUAUAAGCUGCUUAUACUAUUUAUGUAAACUGCUUUUAUUUAUUUUCCAUUGCAACUUUAAACAGGUCUAAGGAGUUUGUUGUUUUCAUGUAGCCUUGGCAACUAGCCUGAAUAAUAUGCACAUGAAAUGAAACUUGUCAACUCACCUCACUGAUAAUUGAUUGGUUGAUUUGCCGAAAAAGGCCAUUCGGGAUGCUCUCUGUCUUACAUGCGCUUCGCACACACACGCAAGGUCUCUCUCUCGCUCCCUCUCCCUCUCUGCCGUGCGCGCGCUGGUUUGAAACACAGUCUCUAUGCGCGCUCUUGCUCGCUCGCUCUAGAUUCCGGGAGAUUUUAACUAAUUUGCGGGCAUCAGGGAGCCGCUAUCAAUAUGCGGGAGACUCCCGGAACUUCCGGGAGACUUGGGAUGUCUGCAUUCUGUUUUCAGGAUCACAAUAGUGCAAAUAAUGUACUUGAGUGCCACACAUAUGUAACCAGCACACAUUCUAUAUUACUUUCAGAAAGCAUUCUUGAAUCAUUUUCCCAUUGGAAGCUGUGUAUUGCGUACUGCAAAGUUUAAACAGUACACACUACUAGUAUGCUUGGCACGUUGAAUAGGCUGAAAUGCCGUGAUCUUUGUUCUCAGACUGUUUGGACUUCUGUGGACUGUGAUCCUGCUUUGCUCAACAACUUUACACCCCACUUCGAAUCAAAGUGGAAGUUGCGUAACGUCACGUGGAAAAUGUCCUAUAAAUAAAGGACUGUUGUGUUGCUCAAAGAAGCAAAGAUUCUUGGCUUAUUUUCUGGCUGAUUUCCAAGAAAGUUUUGUUGUCUCAAGGGAAAGUAUGGCGGUACCUGUCUUGGAUUUCAGUGUCUACCAACUGGGAAAGGAAAAUGUACCGGAAGCUGACUUGGAAAAGUUAAGUGAUGAUUUGAGAAAAGCCUUUACCGAGGUGGGAUUUGUUUAUCUGAAAAACACGGGCAUAAAUCAGGAAGAAGUGGAAAAAGUCAUGAGUGUUUCGAAGAGGUUCUUUUCUUUGCCAGAAAACAAGAAGAAGCCUUUCAGCAGGGGAAGUUUCUCAUGUAGUGUAAACCAUGGCUGGGUUUCAUUAGAAACUGAAUGUUUGAAUCCUCGCCGCCCCGGUGACCUGAAGGAGGCUUUUAAUACAACGUCUUUGAGAGAGGAUAUCAAUUGGCCUUCAGAAGAAGUAGCUGAUUUUCGAGAUACCAAGGUAUCGUUUUUCCUGCGCUGUAAGGAACUCGCUCUCAAAGUGCUCCGACUGAUGGCUGUUGGGUUGGGUAUGGACUCGGAAAUCUUCGUCAACAAACAUAAGCAUAUUGGAAGUUUUGAGAAUGGAACCACACUACGGAGUCUCUACUAUCCUCCGGUGGACAGCACACGUGUGAAGGAGAAUCAGGUGCGCUGUGGUGAACACUCUGAUUAUGGUAGCAUCACUCUGCUCUUCCAGAGCACUGAGGAUGGACUGCAGGUUCAGAAUCGGGCUGGUGAAUUCGUUUCAGCUCCAUGCAUUCCUGGAACAGUUCUGGUUAACAUAGCAGACCUGAUGCAAAGGUGGACCAGUGAUGUGUAUGUGUCUGCGGUUCACAGGGCUUUGCUGCCCCCUGCAGGUAACUCCAGAACACGUCAGUCUUUGGCCUUCUUUGUACAACCAGAGAAUGAGUCCAUCAUUAAAUGCUGCGAUGGAUCCGAUAAAUAUCCUCCUAUUAAGACAGUUGAUUACUUUACGUCAAGGUUUAAUGAUACCUACGGCAAAACUCAAUCUGGUUUAAGUGGAAUUUUAUAAUCCUAUGUAAAAACAGUCAUGAGCCUUUAAUGUGACCAUGUUUUUGCAAAUCAGACACAAAAUUUACAAGGAAAAUAAAAACAGUUAACUUCUCUAAA